CUAACCUAAUUGUUUUACGUUCUCUCUAACCUCACAAUUUUUUAUGAGUUCUGUAAAAGUUAAUGUUUUUUAAGUUAUGACAAGCCCUAAAAAUCCUUUGGUGUUUAAAAUAUUUACAGAAUGUAGAAAAACAAAAGCUCGAACAAGCAAAAUCUAUUUACCCCAUGGUGAAGUUGAUGCACCAGUUUUUAUGCCAGUUGGAACCCAAGGCACCAUGAAGGGGUUGCUUAAUGAACAGUUAUACAAUUUGGAAAUACAAAUAAUACUUGCCAAUACAUAUCAUUUAGGUUUGAAACCGGGUCGUGAAAUCAUUGAGAAGGCAGGUGGCCUGCACCGUUUUAUGAACUGGAAUCGUAAUUUAUUAACAGAUUCAGGUGGUUUUCAAAUGGUUUCAUUAUUAAAGUUAGCACAGAUUACUGAAGAAGGUGUUAAAUUUCAGUCACUUAAUGAAUCUAAAUUAGAAAUCCUUUUAACACCAGAACAUUCCAUUGAAAUUCAGAAUUCAAUUGGAGCUGAUAUUAUAAUGCAGUUGGAUGAUGUGGUAAAAACAACUUCCACUGAUGUUAAUAGAAUUACAGAAGCUGUGGGAAGAACUAGUAGGUGGCUUGAUCGUUGUUUAAUGGCACAUAAGAAAGCUGAUAGUCAAAGUAUUUUUCCAAUAGUACAAGGAGGAUUAAGUACAGAAUUAAGAACAAAAAGUGCCCUUGAACACUGCAGUAAGAAUGUUAGAGGAUAUGCUAUUGGUGGUUUAAGUGGUGGGGAAAGUAAAGACGACUUCUGGAAAAUGGUACAUCUGUCAACUAAUAUCUUACCAAAGGACAAGCCACGAUAUGUAAUGGGAGUAGGAUUUGCUGUAGAUUUAGUUGUUUGUGUUGCCCUUGGAGCUGAUAUGUUCGAUUGUGUUUUUCCAACAAGAACAGCGAGAUUCGGCUGUGCGUUAAUUAUGACUGGACAAAUUAAUUUGCGUCAAAAGAAAUACCAAAAUGAUUUUUCUCCAAUUGAUAAAGAAUGUAGAUGUUCAACAUGUGAAACAUACACUAGGUCAUACUUGCACCACAUAGUUACUAUGCAUACAGUGGCAUGUCACCUGGUUACUGUUCACAAUUUAGCGUUCCAGCAACGUCUGAUGAAGACGAUAAGGGUAAAUAUAAAAGAAGGUACAUUUCCAGAUUUUGUUAGAAAGUUUAUGUAUGAUGUAUAUCCUGAUAAAAAAUAUCCGUCAUGGGUAGCGGACUCUAUGAAAGCUGUAAAUAUAGAUUUAAUUAGGUGACAAUUGUCUGAUAAGAUCAUAACGUAAUUUACAAUUUUUUUCCUAUUUCAUAACAGGCAAGAUAAAAUAUUUCUGUUUCGAUUAAGUUUAACAAAGUUCUCUUCCUUGUUAGUUGAAUAUAGUUGUAGAUAUUCGCGGAAAAUACAGGGAAUUAGUAUUUUGCAAAAGGUCAUGGAUGACUAAGUGUAAACGCAUUCCAUAUGCUUUUUGCAGCUUUUUAUAGACAAAUAAUUUUAAAGUGUAAUUACCAUUUUGUAUGUAGGUAUAAUUUAUUUAAUAAUUAAUAACCAGUAUUU